UAUCACAGCUCGCACGUGAGUGAGAGAAUGGCAACGUUGAAAACAGUGCUGGAUCUCAAACCACAACUAAAAUCACCUGAACCAAAAAAGGUUGUUAAAACUUUAAAGAAACUCCAGGAGCUGGAUAUUACAAUUGAAAUCCUGACCGAAACUGGAAUUGGAAAACUUGUGAACUCAUUCCGUAAGCAUGACGAGGUUGGAGAGGUGGCCAAGAAGCUUGUGACUCGCUGGAAGAAACUCGUUCCAAAGGAGAACAGAAGUAAAACAAAACACAAAGACUCUGGAAAGAAAUCGUCAAAUAGUGCCGGAGCAGAGCGACCGGUGGAGCCUGAACAACGAGAGGAGCAAAGCCAAGAGGUCGAAUCAGACAUCCAAGUAAUAUCUGAAUCCAGUCAACCCAUUGCUGUUGACGACGACGACGAUGAUGAUGACGACGAUGAACAUAAGAGUAGUGCAUCAAACAAGACCACCAAAGCCAAAGGGCUUGUUGAAUAUGAUGACGACGACGACGACGACGACGACAACGACGAUUACGAUGUGCAGAAGAGAACUGCAUCAAACAAGACCACCAAAGGCAAAGGGUGUGAUGAUGACGAUGAUGAUGACGAAGAAGUGCAUAAGAGUACUGCAUCAAACAAGACCAGUGAAGGUAAAGGGCGUGGUGAUGAGGAUGAUGAUGAUGAUGAUGACGACGAUGUGCAUAAGAGUACUGCAUCAAAUAAGACCAUUGAAGGUAAAGGGCGUGAAGAUGAUGAUGAUGAUGAUGACGACGACGACGACGAACAUAAGAGUACUGCAUCAAUCAAGACCACCAAAGGUAAAGGCCGUGAUGAUGAUGAUGAUGAUGACGACGAUGAGCAUAAGACCAGCGAAGGUGAAGAGCGCGGUGGAAAGGAUGAAGAGCACCGUUCAAAAUCGUCAAAGAAGGCUGUGCAGAAAGACACAAAACCACUUGUGUCAGAUGAUCCCAAGAAAAAAGAGGAUGAUCCCAAGAAAAAAGAGGAUGUGUCUCGAGGAAAAGAGCAUGGAACUGUGGAAAGGGAAUCCAAAGAGGAGAAAGAUGAUCGGAAGGAGAAAGCAGAUGAGGAGAAGUGGCCCAAGUCCAAAAACAAAUUGGACAACAAGAACGGGGUGGACAAAAAGGACAAGAAUGACAAAUAUGUCAAAAGGGAAAGGGAUGACAAGUAUGAGGAGAAGAACAGGGACAGGGUUGAAAAAAAUGACAAAAGGGAGAAGGACAGGGAUGACAAAAGGGACCGGGAUGACAGAACUGAGAAGAAGGACAGGGAUGACAAAUGUGCCAAAAGGGACAGGGUGGACACGUAUGAGAAGAAGGACAGGGAUGAUAAAAGGGACAGGGUGGACAAAAAUGAGAAGAGGGACAGGGUGGACACGUAUGAGAAGGACAAAUAUGCCAAAAGGGACAGGGUGGACACGUAUGAGAAGGACAAAUAUGCCAAAAGAGCCAGGGUGGACACGUAUGAGAAGGACAAAUAUGCCAAAAGAGCCAGGGUGGACAAGUAUGAGAAGAAGGACAGGGAUGACAAAAGGGACGGGGAUGAUGAUAAAAGAGACAGAGUGGACAAAAAUGAGAAGAAGGACAGGGUGGACAAAAAUGAGAAGAAGUAUGGGGAUGAUAAAAAUAAGAAAAGGGACCGGGGUGACAAGAAGGACAGAUCUGACAAAAAUGACGAAAAGGGCAAAUCUGACAAAAAGGACAGGGCGGUGGAGAGAGAGACGAAGGCAAAAAAUGGCGACAACGAAGAGGAGAAGGACAACGAAACUGAAGGAAUGUUGUUUGAAGAUCUGCUGAAUUAUGACGCGGCGACGCUCAAAAAAAGAUCCGGUGUCAAGAAGAAACCCGUGAAGCAACCAAGUGUUGUGAAACAGGACAAGCCCAAGACACCUGCAAAGUUACCAAGCAAGGUCGCAGAGGAGCCAAAGGUCACAGAGGAACCUAAAGAACCUCCAACAAUGGCACAGAGUAAGCCUGAAGUGUUGGAUUUGCUGAAUGUGCCAUUGCCACUCUCCCUACCAUACUUUGGCAACUUGUCAAGUUAUCAGUACUUCGAGGAGGACAGCAUGCCUGCUGAUCCUGAGGUGGCAGAAGACGAGACGUCCAUCUUCAUGGGCAAGAGACUGAAAAACAAAAUGUUGGUGUACUCCGGUUCCAAAAACGCCACCCUUCCCACCAUGAUGUCCCUAUACCAGCUCUGUAUACGGGCUCUCCAAAAUAACAUUGACUCUCUGUAUGAGGUUGGUGGGGUGCCGUUUGAGAUCCUGGAGCCGGUGUUGGCACGAUGCACGCCUGAGCAGCUGAUCCGCAUCGAGAAAUGCAACCCGGGCUACAUUGGCCUGACUGACCACCUGUGGGACAAGCACUGCCAGCGGGACUUCAAGGACGCGCAGCUGCUGGAGUACGAGUCGUGGCGGGAGAUGUUCUUCAGGCUGUUUGAGGAGCGGGAGAGGAAACUGGCCAAGCUGACCAAGACCAUCGUCUCAGCCCAUUCUCAGAAGCCCAAAGGUCGUCAGAUAAAGAUGGCCUUCCUUGACUGUGCUGCCAAGCCACCCAGGAAUGUGAGGGUUCAGCAGGGGAUCCAUGGCACUGCUGGUCCCAUGGUGCAGUGUCUGCCUCGGGAGAGACUCCGGGUCCAGUGUCAGGACAGCGAAGUGAGAUCUGUCAGCCGAGACAUUCCCAGGCCUAGCAGCAGUAGCAGCAGCAGCAGCUGCAGCAGAGCCCCAGAACCUCCCAAGAUUAAAAGGGUGGCCCCAAUGAUGGCAAAAUCUCUGAGAAACUUCAAGCAGCAGCGAAGACAUCGAUGAGCAGUGAUGAAAUGUUGAGAUGCAUGUAUGUACAUAAAUAAAGCUUUGUUUGAGUGACUAGA